CUAUUUAUUUAUUGAAAAAAAAAAAAAAAAAAAAGCCACUAAACAUGAAAUGCAUGAUGGCAACACUUAAACUGCAUGGGCAAAUUCGGAGCAGCUUUUUGUUAGUUACCAUUCAUUUUGUUAGUUAUCACAUACUUUUUGUGUUUCCAUUCAUGCAUUUGAAACCUGCACCUCCUCCAGCGCUAUGGUUAGCAAAAAAAACCCCUCACCAAGCGCUUAUAUAAAGCUAUGCAGGUUGUGGAGAAACAGUACAAGAUAUUUCAAUUAUGGCAAUUCAUUAUUCAAGAAUUGUGCUCCUUGUUUUCCUAUUUGCAACCUUCAGCAUUUCAUGUUUCACUGCCAUUGUUUCAGAAGCUAAAACCAAACCUCCAAAAUUCAUUAUCAAUCUAGUCAACCGCAAUUCUAUACACUUCCCAUUUCAUAACCACCAACCCAGUAUAGAAGAUAAGGCGAAAUUCAUUUUUGAAAAUUCGCUUGUACGCUUUGGUGGUGAUACAUACAAAACUGAUGUGAUUGGUACAGAAAACACCGGCUUAUUUCUCGUACGUUUUUACAUAGGCAACCCAGCUAUUACACAGCUAGCCAUCAUGGACACAGGGAGUAGCUUGCCAUGGGUACAGUGCUCCCCAACUGAGUAUAUUUCUCAACACAGUCCAAUUCCAUUGCUAGAUCCUCUAAAGUCAUCCACAUAUGCUAGUAUUCCCUGCGAAUCAAACUCCUGUCAGUAUUUUCCUGAUCGUACUUGUAUCAAGAACCAGUGCUAUUAUAACAUGACAUAUGUCAAUGCUCAAUCAUCAAUAGGAAAUGCAGCUACUGAGCAGUUCAUCUUUGAAUCUUUGGAUGAAGGUAUGGUUGUUGUUUCCCAAGUAAUGUUUGGUUGCAGUGCUAUUGUCCAAAAAUAUAUUAAGAAUGGUAUCAACGGUGUCUUUGGCCUUGGACCAGAAAAUAUUUCUAUGGCAAGGCAACUAGGGAACAAAUUCUCCUAUUGCAUUGGUGAUGUUUUUGAUCCUAACUACAUUUAUAACCAGUUGAUCUUAGGAGACGGAGCAAACAUGGAUGGCUAUGCAACACCCUUGGGAAUGAGUGAAGCCCAUUACUACCUAAAUCUACAAGGAAUAGACAUCGGGCUUAAUGAGCUUGAUAUUGAUGAGGGUGUGUUCAGGAGAAACGUAACAGAUCAAAGCAAGCUGACUGGAGUAAUCAUAGACUCGGGAACUCCCGCCACUUGGCUGGUUGACCAAGCCUAUGAUAGGUUUAGGAAUGAAGUGAGGCGUACAUUGGCUCGUUUAGUCCUAGAAGACAUGGGUGAAUGUGUAUAUUGUUUUUGCUUUAAGGGAAACAUGACUCAAGAACUACAGGGCUUUCCAGAUGUGAUCUACCACUUUAGUGACGGAGCUGAUUUGCAAGUGGGGUUUAAUGGUAUAUUUUAUCAACAUAAUUCAUCUAUAUUCUGCAUGGCUGUUUUUCCAAGCUCUCAGCUAUCAAAAGAGCAUUUUCGAUAUGUCACCAUCAUAGGCGUGAUGGCUCAGCAAAAUUAUAACGUGGGUUAUGAUUUGCUUGCCAAAAAAUUAUAUUUUCAAUCUAUUGAUUGUGAAAUUUACGUUGAUUAGCUCUAAUUUGAUGUUUUAGUAGGUGUUUUAAUUUUCAGUUAAGUUUUUUUUUUUAAUGUUUUCUAUGUUAAGAGUGUCAAAUGUAUUUUGGUCUUUUAUAUCUAUAUAUAAUUUAAUAAAGAUAUUUCUACCUUAAA